AUGUCGAUACACGAUACUUCCUCGCCUCAAGGAGGACAAGAACCGAAACAGCCUCAAUUCGUGGGGCCGACUAGAUCUGCGUUCAGUCUCAAAGUCGCCGAGACCACGCUCACCAGAAUGGGAAUUUCCACUCAGACCCCGUUACCAUCCGGCACGAGCGAAUCUCUCGCUCCAACCCGCUACCCGACUCCCGAACAAUCCGAACCGGCCUUAUCUGUUCCUGGGACAGAUAUCCUGCUCACCAUGCCCCUGGACGAGGUUGAGAGAUUGCUCGAAGUUUUCCAGGAGGAAGUCGAGACUGUUUACCCGUUUCUGGACACCGGAGAGCUGGUAUCCAAGGCUGCAGAUAUACGAGCCUUUGUUGACGAUUCUCCGGAUCGCCCGGCGGUGAACAGCUCCUCUGUGGACCUCAAGGAUGUGAUCCUAGCAAAAGUCGCUAUUGCCACGAGUAUUGUGGUUGAGGCUCAUGGAAAGAACCAUGCAAGCAACAAACUAGUCGAACCGAUUAAGCAUCUCAUCUACCAGCUAUCUAUAGACGCCCAGGCUGAUCUGAAAGUCAUUCAAAUCAUGACCAUGAUUAGCAUUUACUAUUUCUUCUCCGACGAAGAACUUCUUGCCUGGAGAAAUAUCGGAAUAGCUGCGCGAGCAGCCUUAGAAAUGGGUCUACACCAGAACUUGAGUCUCGUCGAGAACUUCCCGGAUCCUCGAGACCGUAGUCUAGCAGUACGCGUGUUUUGGUGCGUUUAUGUGCUGGAUCGCCGAUGGAGCUUCGGAACGAGUCUCUCAUUCGCCUUGUUUGACCGAGAUAUCGACCCGAAUCUACCUGAACCGUCGGACGAUUUCCCAUACCUUCGAUGCUUGAUCGGGUACGGCCGGUUAUGUUCCAAAGCCUGGGACGCGUUGCCUCCGUUCAGCGCCCAGUCGCAGACCAUUCCCAAAGACACCGUCGCCUUCCUCGACUUCACCGCGCAGAACUGGUCCAAGUCAAUACCGGAAGACUUACAACUGCGCCAUCUACCACAAGAUUCUACAUCGGCACCGCCAUCUCGGGCUUCGAGGCGGUUGCAAGCGCUACUUUAUCUGCGUGGUAACCAUAUCCGCACCUUAAUACAUCGGCAUCACGUUAUUAGCUCCGCGAGCAUUGAGGCAGAGCCCCAAAAGGCGCGGCUGGUAGUCGACAUAGCCAUCGAUAGCAUAUCCGUUUUGGUUCAUCUGAGUGAGACGAGCGACAUCUACAUGCGCCAGCAAAGCGCCUUCAACUACUUCCUUCUCAGUGCCGUGGCGGUCCUUUUCUUGGCAGUAUGUCACGGCUCUCGGAUGUUCGCAGAGCCAUGCAGAGACAGCUUCCUCUCCGCAGUGGAACUCGUCAAGGGGUUCUCUCGGCAGGGCACGGCGAGCCGUAGGCUGUGGAAGAGCAUCAGAGGACUCUUGCCACUUGCCCAGCGGAUGGGUCUCCGGGGAGACGAAAGCACAAUUCGGAGAGAUAUAAACGACGGGCAACUACUGGUUGGUUCGACAGGUCGUAUGCUCGGCGUAGAGUCGAUGGCAGAUGGACAGCGAUCCGGAUCAGCAGCGGUGCCGGGCCCCGAGUUCGGUGGGUUGUCAUCGACGCAGAACUUGGGGACGAUGGAGUUUGGAGCAGCCGCUCCCGAUGCCUUUUCCCUCAGCAACGAUCUCAUGUUUCUCUUUGAUGCUUUCGGGCAGACGGAUGACACGUGGGCCAAUGGUUUGCAGGAUUAUAUGGGUGGCAAUGAACAGCAACCUGCUAUUAUGGGCGAGGAGGAGAUCUCCAGGCAUUUUUGGGGUUUGAUAUGA